AUGACUGUCACCAACGAACAGUUCCUCUCGGAGCUCACCAAGCUCUUCGAAUCCAGCACGAGCAAGCACUCAGUCUACGUAACUUCGAAGAAGGCGCCGGCUUCAGCAGCCAAGGACGGCGACGUAGACAUGACACCUUCGUCCUCAUCGAGCGUAUCAGAUGCGAUCCUGUUCCGUGCCACCAACGGCGCAUCGAGCAGCGACAAGGUCAAGAUCAGCACAUUGGUCCCAGCUUCCCAGCUCGCAUCAUUUCAGAGCGCAUAUCUACCGUUGCUAAGGACGCACCUGUCCAACGGACUCAAGAAGCGUGACAAAGCCAAAGAGAGGAAGAUGGACAAGGCCAAGGAGCAGAGCCGAAAGAAGCUCGUGCAGCAGGUGGACGGCAAAGACAAGAUCGUCACCAACACGGUGGGUAGCAAGCGGGGUGCAGGUCGUCGCAAACGACAGCGCGCACUCAAGAAAGGGCUUGCGUUGCGAAAGGAAAAGGCCAAAGAGGCCAAGAGAAAGGUCUCAGCGGCCAAAGCAUCCUAA